AUGGUGAACGCACGACUUCGAUUCCCAUCAAAAAAUGCGAUUCAAGAUGUGCGCAAUGCCUGGAAAGCACUGCGAUUUCUACAACCAGGUAUUGCAGUAGAACUUCAUGGGGACGAGAAACGGUAUCAUCCAAUUCGCGACGAAAGCAUGCUAGAAGCAUGGUGUGAUGCGACAUUUCGGGUGGAGACAGAAGCCCUUGCGGCUGAUGAUCUCUUUAAACGCCAUGUACGGAUGGCAGGACCCCAGGCAACAUGCCACUGGAUUCCAGCCACAAACCAAAUUGCUUUGAUGGCCUCUCACUGGCGAUGGGAUGCGCGUGGCGCUUCAUGGGUCCUCAACGACCUACUCAAGGAACUGGGCGGUCCAUCAUCACCUCCAGAUUUUACAGGAGCAGAGGUGAAGAACCUGCCAUUUUCUUUCGAAGAGGCCCUCCGCAUACCGGACACAUGGGAUCCGACCUGGGAACAACGCGGUCGUGAUCUUCAAGCGCUGGAAAGCCAGGGUGGACCGGGAAUCGCACUUCGACCAUCUUACCCCGAUGUGCUACCGGGUGAUACUAUUCGCACAGAGGUUGUUCUGUCCACGGAAGAAACAACCGCUCUUCGAGCAGGGGCACGUGCCUAUGGCCUCACAGUCACGCCAGUCUUGAAUGCCUCUGCAAUUGUGGAAACGGCGCUCGUGAACGCCGAAUCCUCUGCAACGCGUUUCAAAAGCUUUGGUCUAUUUGACCUGCGUAAAUACUGUGCACCACCGAGCAAUGGGCCAAGAGACGCCUCUGCAUUAAGAAUUCAUUUCUUGCCGAUCAAUGUAGAUGCGCAUGCUUCGUGGAAGGAGCUGACGCCUCUGCUCUCGGCCUUUUACCGUCAGUCUUGGGACUCAAAAUGCAAUGAUGCGAUAUUUAGUCGCGUUCCAUAUAUAGAGGCAAACCACAAGAUGGGAAAGAUGGCCCCACCCGAUGCAGCACAGCUCUCUGAGCCCAUGAUCAACAGUUUGGGUGUAAUCGAAGAUUAUAUCCAGCACCGGUACGGAGCUAUUGAGGUUGAAGAUGUCAGUUACAGCAACUUAGCUCUUGGAAAGCAGAUUGCUAUCCAGGUAUUCACUUGGAGAGGCAAAAUGCACCUCAGUGCAAGUUUCAAUGAGGCCUUCUAUACGAGCGACUUUGUGGGAGAUUUUCUGCAAGCUAUCAAAAGUAAUACCUUCACAAAUCUGGGCAUCUCGAGUGAGGGAAGACCACAAAGGAGAGAUAGAGAUGAAGUUCUUUGA